AGUUCAAUUUUUAUUUUAUUUUCAAGUGUAAAAAGGAGAGUAUAAUCUACUCAGAAAAAGCAGAGGAGCCGCCGCCUCCGCCACAUCAUCUUAUCGCAACCAUCCGCCGGUACCGCAUCUAUGGCCGGACACACCACAAUCACCUUCUCCUCCGCCACCAACUCUCUUCUCUUCCCUGUUCCCAUUUCCGCUUCUCCACUCCCCUCUUCAUUCCACGGCGUAUCUCUCAAAGUCAACCCCGCCGUCAAAUCGCUUGCUCUCCGCGCCGCUUCCGCUUCCAAGCCCCUCACGGUCGUCGCCGCGGCCAAGAAAGCCGUUGCUGUGCUCAAGGGCGCCUCCAAAGUCGAAGGCGUCGUCACUCUCACACAAGAUGAGGACGGCCCAACCACUGUGAAAGUUCGUGUAACCGGGCUUUCUCCUGGACGUCAUGGAUUUCACCUUCAUGAAUAUGGUGAUACGACGAACGGGUGCAUUUCUACAGGAGCACAUUUUAAUCCCAAUAAUGUGACACAUGGAGCUCCAGAGGAUGAAGUCCGUCAUGCGGGUGACCUGGGAAACAUAUUGGCCAAUGCUGAAGGUGUGGCUGAAGCAACAAUAGUUGAUCAUCAGAUACCUUUAAGUGGCCCAAACUCGGUGGUCGGAAGAGCUUUAGUGGUUCAUGAACUUGAGGAUGACCUUGGAAAGGGUGGCCAUGAGCUUAGUCUCACUACUGGGAAUGCAGGUGGACGGUUGGCUUGUGGUGUGGUUGGCUUAACACCAGUAUAAUUCAAGAUUUGGAGCUGAGUUUCCCUCAUAUUUUCGUGAUGUAAUAAAUAAAAUUUGAGAUUGUAUGUGGACUUUAUUCACUCAGUUCAUGCAUGCCUUUGUUUGGGAUGCUUAAAAUGUAUUGUAAAUUGAAUAUCCACAUCUUUUCUAAUUCACCUUUUUUACGGAGUAACUUGUUAAGAGGUUCAUUACCUCUUUCUUUUGGUGGAUUAGGCUUUUGUGUCGUCUCCAUCAAGCUUCUCAGACUUUUUCUUUUUACAGACACGUACAGACAUUGU